AUGAUCCCGCCGGCCUCACACUCGUCAAGCCCUCCAACGAGCAUGUCGGGUGCUCGCCCUUCUCCACCAAGCAUUCAAGCUGCUCACGCUAUGUCGGCGAACGGAGCAACCAUAGCAAUGAAAAGCUCUACUCUCGCGCUACCGUGUAGCAACUCGAAAGCACUCAUAACGACGACAAGGACUGGCGGUCGACGAACGGGUAUGCAUAUCGGCUCUCGUCUCCUUGGCCUUACUUCUCAGUCGCUAAGAGAAGGCUCGGGAGCUGUUUUCCCCCUGAACAUGCCCCGAAUAUCGCUCGCUGUCGAGAGAAGAGAGCGACAGUUGUCGGAGCCAAUUUUCACCACCUAUCUUCCACUCAUCCACGAAAUACUCAACUUCUCUCCGCCAUUAAUGCCAUAUCGACCCCUCGGUACUUGUUUCAUCUCCACAGCUUUGGAGCUGGCCCGGCGGCGGGGUCGCGCGCUUUGGCUAGCAAGCAAGCAUCGUCACAUUGCUCGCGCUGGCCAGACGACACAGGCGUCUUCCCCUGUAUCCGUUCAAGAGAUUCGCGAUGCCCAACCGAAAUACAACGAGCGCUCUUAUUGUUGCUCGACAACGCCGCCGCGUUUGAAGCUACAACGACGACAACAUACACCCCAAAGCAACAUAAUCGUCACCCCUUCCUUCACCACCAGCUCCCCUUUUCCUCGUCGGAGCCUGCACCACCCGCACGACCGACUCGAAAUUUUGUCCGGAUUUGGCAAGUCACGUGCGCCUCGCCGUCCGCAGAGAGUGCGACAUAUCUCCUCCAGCACCGCAGCUAUCGCUCUAGCGAGCGUAUAUCCUUGUAUACCAUGCUAUUCGACUUCUACCCAAUUCUUUCAGCUCCGCCAUUCGAGGGGGAAGACCGCCGUUGAGCGCGUUUUCUCCUGCGGUCGUAUGCGAGGCGUAGACGAUGUCUCUGCGUCGAAGGGCUAUAUAUGCGAUUAG